UCUUCCCCCCUCCGUCACUCUGCUCGAAACACCCUCCAGUCAACGAUGGAGCUGCAGACAUAGCAGACAGGACACACACUCACCCUGUCCAGUCUAAACUUUCUUCACACAUGGGGGACUUUUCCUGCUGGUUCGCCUCCCAAUGUGCUGUCACACCAACAGAGAUCUAUCAAGCCGUUAUAGAUGAGAGGAGGCAUUCUCAGUCUUCUUCCACCAGUUGAUCAAAGAUGUCAUGACGUGACCAGCAUGCAUGACGUCGCUCACGUCUGCUACGAGCUAAAUUUGAAAGUAAACAAGCAACUUUAGCGUCCGUUUGGUUGUACAGAAAAAGUUUGGAUCACAGUCUCCAGGACAGAGCAAGAAUGAAAGUAAGAUGUGGCUGCUCCAUAUUUAGAGUGAGACACAGGUACUUCCUGUUUCUUCUGUCUCUGGUGGCAGUGUGUUUGCUGAAGCUGGUCUACCUCAAAGUGACAGUGUGCGAUAGCACCUAUAUUGACCCCCAUGGAAUCACUGGCAACCUAUCUGGAAUUCACAGCCACACGUAUGAUGUCAACUGCACCGCUAUCUACGAACUUGACCCAGUGGAAAUAGGCAAAGCUCUUGAGUUAAAACAAAAAGUUCUUGUUGCAGUGAAUGACGAAAGCACCGUAAGUCUGACCUCGGACUGUCCAACCUUUUUAAAAACAAGACAUUAUAAUGGUGUUGCAAUUUCAGCGGUAGAGCACAACUUUCCACUGGCUUAUUCCCUGGUGGUGCAUAAAAAUGCACCCAUGGUGGAGCGUAUUCUUCAUGCCAUCUAUGCACCUCAAAACAUCUACUGCAUUCACUAUGACCAAAAGUCUUCUCCAACAUUCAUUAAGGCCAUGGAGAACCUCGCUCGUUGUGUCCCGAGUGUGUUCAUUGCCUCAAAACUAGAAUCUGUUAAAUACGCCCAUAUUAGCAGACUUAACGCCGAUCUCAACUGCCUUUCUGACCUACUGAGGUCAGAGGUCAAGUGGAAAUAUGUGAUCAAUCUCUGUGGCCAAGACUUUCCACUCAAGUCCAACAAUGAACUAGUAAGAGAGCUGAAGCAGCUGAACGGCAACAACAUGCUUGAGUCCAGUCGCCCCAGUAAGCUGAAGAAACAACGCUUCAGCUUUCAUCAUGAGCUAAAGAAUGUGCUGCAUGAGUACCAAAGUAUUCCUGUGAAAACCGCUAUAGCCAAAGAUAUUCCUCCACAUGGAAUCAUGGUGUUCAUUGGGAGUGCAUAUUUUGUCCUGUCGCGGGAGUUUGUGAAUUACAUAAGCAACAACAAAGUGGUGAAAGACUUUUUGGCAUGGUCAGCAGACACUUAUUCACCGGAUGAACACUUUUGGGCCACCCUUGUCAGGAUGCCAGGAGUACCAGGUCACAUUCCCAGGUCAGCUCCAGAUGUCACAGACUUAAAGAGUAAGACACGACUUGUUAAAUGGAACUAUUUAGAAGGGCAUUUAUAUCCACCCUGCUCAGGUAUACAUGUGAGAAGUGUUUGCAUCUAUGGAGCUGCAGAACUUCGUUGGCUCCUCAACGAUGGUCAUUGGUUUGCUAACAAAUUUGACCCUGACGUUGACCCAAUCUUGAUCAGUUGUUUGGAGAAGAAGUUGAUAGAACUGCAGCACUACUACGCAUAGAAAUUACACUGAACAUCUGAACUUGGUGGAAACAUGCCUCAAAGUUUUUAAACAUGCGUACAUAACUGUGGAAUGUACUUCUCAUUGUCAUUUUGGCAAAAACUAUUGCAAAAAUGAAAAGUUUGUAAUGCAA